CUAACCCUGCAGCAGCAGUAGUAACUGUGAGCUAGUGAGUAUCGCGGCACAGGGCUGUCAAAGCGCGACUGAUCUACGCAUGCGCAGGAAAGAAACAAAGUGAAAUAAAACAGGGCUCCAUUAGUGACUGAUGUGACACGAGAGCUGCUGCUGCUGCUGUCUGACAUUACACUGAACAGUUCAAGAAACACCAUGCCGCCGCCGAACAAGACCAAAACCCGGCCUGGGAGUGAGCCUGGGAGUGGGACUGCCCGGUUCAUUUCUGGAGUGGUGGAAGGUUUUUAUGGGCGACCAUGGACUAUGGAGCAAAGAACAGAGCUCUUCAAAAGGGAGCAGAAGUGGGGACUGAACUCGUACCUUUACGCCCCCAAAGAUGACUACAAACACAGGAUGUACUGGAGAGACCUGUACUCUGCUGAGGAGGCUGAACAACUCGUGGCCUUGAUUUCAGCAGCUAAACAGCACAACGUCGAGUUCAUCUAUGCCCUCUCUCCUGGCCUGGAUAUUACUUUUUCCAGCCCUAAAGAGGUCGCCGCCCUGAAGAGAAAAUUAGAACAGGUGAGGGAGUUUGGCUGCAGAUCCUUCUCUCUGCUGUUUGACGACAUCAAGUCAGAGAUGUGUCCAGCUGAUAAACAGGCGUUCAGCUCCUUUGCCCACGCUCAGGUGGCCGUCACCAAUGAGGUGUACCAGCACCUGGGAGAACCUGACAUCUUCCUCUUCUGUCCCACAGAUUACUGUGCUAAAUUAUGCACUCCCAACGUGCCUCAGUCAUCUUACCUGCUGACUGUGGGAGAGAAGCUGCUGCCUGUUAUCGACAUACUCUGGACAGGUCCUAAAGUGGUGUCCCACAAAAUCUCAGUAGAGUCCAUAGAAGAGGUUUCCUCUGUCCUAAGAAGGGCACCAGUCAUUUGGGACAAUAUCCACGCAAACGAUUACGACCCUCAGCGACUUUUCCUCGGGCCCUAUAAGGAUCGACCCACCGAGCUGAUUCCCAAACUGAGAGGAGUGCUCACCAAUCCCAACUGUGAGUUUUACCCAAACUUUGUGGCCAUCCACACUUUGGCUACAUGGUGCAAGGCUGCGACGCAUGGAGGAGCGAGGGAUGUGGAAAUGGGCGAAGAGGAGGACGACCCGUGCUACAGCCCUCAGAAAGCUCUGAGCCUGGCCCUCAGCGAGUGGCUGCAGGAGUUCCUGAGCACGGAUCAACCUGGAGAUGAGGAGCCCAUGCAAACAGACAUGGGAGAAAGCUGCUAUGUUCCCGGGCCUGGGGAGAAACCGCUGUUCACAGCUGAACCUCUGACCCUGGACGACCUGAAGCUGCUGUCGGACCUCUUCUACCUGCCUUACGAACACGGGGUCACAGCCAGGACCAUGCUGCAGGAGCUGGACUGGCUCAAGAACAACAGCUGCGCCACCACUGCAGAAACAGACAAGACAGCAGAGUGGCGCUCGAGAGCGCAGCAGUUUGACGACAUGUGUGAAUCGGUGACGCAGAUGUUUGACCGUCUAUCAAACGCCCCGAAGCGCAGCGUCCUCUACGACCUCUACAACUACAUCUGCGACAUUAAGAGCGGCGUGGGUAUGGCUCGUGCCUAUGUGAAAACAUUGGGAGGGUGGGGUCAACCCUCUGCCCACCUCAUGAACGAUGAUCCUGAACCCUGGAGAUUCAGGGGAGGACUCUCAGGAGAGUUCCAGAGAAUGUUGCCAGGACAUGGAAACAGGGACUUAUUCAGAUAUCCACCCAUGACGUCAGUGUACAGCAUACGGCCGUACUGCCCCGAGGAUAAGAUGGAGGUGCAGAGGAUUUUCACAGAGAUGCAGAGAGCAGGAGAGGGCCAAGUCCCCCAGGUGACACAGUCUCCGCUUAUGUGCGACAGUCUGUCAGCGGGUGACGUGUCCCCUUCCCCGGACUGUGCGCUUGUCCUGGAGGAUGAUAUUGGGGUGUGUGGUUACGCACUGGCGCUCAUUGAUGCCAAACCAGCUGCAGCCAAGAUUCAGAGGGCAACAGGUGACUCUGUGUUUGAGGACUUCCCCUCCUUGAUUACUAUUCAAGUGCUUCCUCGGGUCAGCGAUCCUUCUCCAGCCAAGCGCAUGAUUGGUCAGCUGUUGUCCUGCAUCAGGAGCAGUGGUUCCAGAGGAGCGUUCUGUGAGUUGAGGGAGAACGAUCGGCGCAUGAUACAAUUUUACACUGAUCUGGGCUCCUUCAAACUCGCCAAAGUGGCCGGUUUACCUCAAGAAGUCCUCACCAUGGCAACGAGCCUGUGAAACGUAUUGCUCACAAAUAUUCCCCCUCAGGUUUGACUGUUGAGAUCAAAACAAAACGCCAUGCAAACAAUCAACCAACUGUAAUAUCAGUCAUGGACAAAUUCUUUAUAAUUUAGAUAAAGAUUUGGAUAACAGGAUUUUUUUUUUUAAAUCAUGUAAUGAACUUGCAGUUUCUUUGAUUUAUAUGCAUACAACGUUAACAUAGUGGAAAUCUCCCAUAUUGAUCACAUUGCUAAUUACUGUUAACAGACUAUUAAAACCUAAUCUUA